CGCUACGCUUGCCGCUGCUGUCUGCCAUACCACACGUCAUUCCACACAUAGUUUCUUCCCCAUCGCUGGAACGCCAAAAAUCCUCACGAAAAUUGCUCUUUUUACCGGGAAUUCCGCCGUGAAUCUCACCCAACCAGUGCCUUGUCUACCCACAAAGCUCCACAAAGGAUCCUCAGACCCGAGCGCUCCUAUUGGCUGACGCCGCCAGACCAUGUCGUCUGAAAACUGGAGCCAGAGCGCCCCCAGCCAGCAGCCCCAGCAUUCGCCGGGUCAGACCAACGACGAGGACUUGGCCAAUGAUGCCGAGGGGGUUUGGAGUCCCGACAUCGAGCAGAGUUUCCAGGAGGCUCUGGCCAUCUACCCACCAUGCGGCCGGCGGAAAAUCAUCCUCUCAGACGAAGGAAAGAUGUAUGGUCGCAACGAACUCAUCGCAAGGUAUAUUAAGCUCAGAACAGGAAAAACAAGAACACGAAAGCAGGUGUCUAGUCACAUGCAGGUGCUCGCCAAGCGAUCGUCCAGGGAUAUCGCCAAGCAGUUUAAGGGCCAGCCUUCGGACUCUUGCUAUCCCCGUUCUUACCUUGAUCAGGAAUCUUUUUUCGCUCUUCAGGACCAGAACACCAAGGACAAAGCCCUGCAGAGUAUGGCGGCUAUGUCCUCGGCCCAGAUUGUCUCCGCUACGGCCAUUCACAACAAAGCUGCCGCCAUGGGUAUCGCGGGCCUGGGUAUCCCUGGCACUACCCCACUGCGCCCGCCGUAUCCUGCACACCAACUAUGGCAGCCCGGCCUGACGCAAGCAGGUACCUCACAAGACAUUUCCCCCGUCUCUGUUGCCAGCGUCAAGCCGUUCUCAGCGACAGCUCAAGCCUAUGCACCCGGCGGGGACUACGCGGCCGGAAUGACGCCCGGCGGCCCCCCGGCCUGGGAAGGCCGGUCCAUCGGUACCCGCAAGCUGAGGUUGGUGGAAUUCCAGGCCUUCCUGGAGUUGCAGCGAGACCCUGAAAGCGUAAAUGAGUACAACAAACAUCUCUUCGUUCACCUUGGCUCAAACGUCAGCUACUCAGAUCCUCCGCUUGAGGCAGUAGACGUCCGUCAGAUCUACGACAAAUUCCCAGAGAAGAAAGGAGGUCUGAAGGAGCUGUACGACAAGGGUCCGCCGGAGGCAUUCUUUCUUGUCAAGUUCUGGGCGGAUCUGAACACAAAUCUUUCAGAGGAAACGGGUGCAUUCUAUGGUGUCACAAGCCAAUACGAGAGUCCGGAUAACAUGACAAUCAUGUGCUCAACCAAAGUGUGUUCCUUCGGCAAGCAGGUCGUGGAGAAGGUUGAGACGGAGUAUGCGAGGUUUGAAAAUGGCCGGUUUGUCUACCGCAUCCACCCCUCGCCCAUGUGCGAGUACAUGAUCAACUUCAUCCACAAACUCAAACACCUUCCCGAGAAGUACAUGAUGAACAGUGUACUGGAGAACUUCACCAUCUUGCAGGUCGUUACCAACAGAGAAACCCAGGAAACGUUACUAUGCAUCGCCUACGUCUUUGAGGUCUCCACCAGCGAGCACGGAGCCCAACAUCACAUCUACCGGCUGGUCAAGGACUGACAUCUCUCCAUUAAUACAACCAUGCACAUCUUACAUUGACACCACCUUGCAGCCAAUGUGAUCUGGGGGAGAAUGCUGGGAAGGGACGAAACUCGCCGAGUAUAAACAAUGGGAGUUGCUUGUCUUAAAAUCUCUGGGGGACGAAGGGGAGCAGCUAGGGACACAGCACAAAAUAGAGAAGAGCACGUAAAUGGCCUGCGUUCGGCGGUAGAUCUGAGACUGUUGAAUUCCCAGUACAACAGGCACUGUGUGCAGUACUUCUGUAAAGUGGAAUCCGGGGACCAGAAUUAGAAGCUUUUACUUGGGUGGUGUCACGCUCAUACGCUUGCUGUACGCGUUCUUGUAGACAAGGCGCGUGCAUUUUGGUAUUUCUGUUGUCGAAGGAGCCCGGAGUGCGCGCACUCCCCGAGCGCGACUCGCGCUAGCCUGGCGCCACCACAGAUAUAGCUGCCGCCGGAUUUGUCUAUACCAUUGUGACAGGGGCAGAAAUGGUCUUGAAAAAAACGUUGAGACCAAAGACAAGUUCUUUUAGAACUUAAAGCAGGACUGUUCUUAUCAAAAACUACUUAGCGAAAGUUGAUAA